GGCACCUUCACAGCCCUUAGAUUUUACUUAAAUAAUUCCACAUCUCUUUCUUUAUUACCCAGCAACUACUUUCUCAUUUGUAGCAUCGCCAAUAGCUGAACAGAUCAAAUUUCCUUACAAGCUGAUCAAGACACAGAAAAUAUGGCUGCUAAUAAGGCUGAGAUGGAGAAAAGCGAGAGUAAUUUGAAACAUCUAGGGUUUGUAAGGGUGUUGGCUAUAAACACUGCGGUUAUGGUGUCAAAUCUGUAUGAAUAUGCGAAGCAGAAUUCGGGGCCUUUGAGAUCAACUGUUGGUACGGUAGAAAACGCGGUAACCACCGUGGUAAGGCCUGUUUACGAGAGGCUUAAAGGUGUUCCUGAUGAAGUCCUUGUUUUCCUAGAUAAAAAGGUGGAUGAAGGAACAGCAAAAUUUGAUGAGCAUGCUCCUCCCUUGGCCAAGAAGGUUGUCAGCAAAGCCCAGUCUGUGUUUCACAAGGCAUCAGAAGUAGCACAAGACUUGUACACGGAUGUACAAGUUGCUGGUCCUCGUGCAGCUAUCUAUCAUGCUGGUGAAUUGUCCAAGCAAUUAGCUACUGGUCAAGUGGCAGUGUUUUGGUAUUAUGUCAAUCAUUGCCCCCCUUUGCAUGGAAUAGCACAGAUGGCUGCUCCUACGGCUGCUCACUGGUCUGAGAAGUAUAAUCAAUUAGUUGCUGACUUGCAAAAGAAGGGGUAUAGUAUCGUCAGCUACGUCCCUUCGAUACCUGUUGAAGAAAUUUCAAAGGCAUAUAAACAGAUUGAGUCUGCUGCAACGAAGAAAGAAGGUGCUACUGAUUCCAGCUCAAGUAAAUCUGAAUGAGAUUAGGAUGAUAAUCUCAGUAUAUCUGUUAAACCCAAUGUUUCUGUUGUGCUUGAAAGACUUAUUAAGUUUGGGUGAGAUUGGGAAGUUUGGGGGGUACCCAUUGUAUAAAUCGUUAGAUACCUUUCCGUAGCAUCGGAUGGGUGAAUGAUCUUGUGCUUUAUGUUCUUCUUGAUCGUUUUGUUGAUGCUGUAAUGGCGUGUGGUGUCUAAGCAAUAUCCUUCGAUGCAUAAUGAAGCUUGAUUUUUGCUA